AUGGCGUUCGCGACCCCAACCGGGCUGUACCAAUACACCGUACUCCCGUUCAGGGUACAUGGGGCCCCCGCUACCUUCCAGCGGAUGAUGGACCGGGUCCUGGGUCCUCACUGGGCCUACGCCGCGGCCUACUUGGAUGACAUUGUGAUCCACAGCGCCACUCGGAGGGGUCACCUGACCCACCUGCGAUCCGUCCUGGGGGCCCUGAGGGCCGCGGGCCUCAAAGCCAACCCGCAGAAGUGCCGCCUUGGGGUUGAGGAAGCCUCGUACCUGGGCUACCGAGUGAAGUCGUUCCUUGGACUGGUGGGGUACUACCAGAGGUUCAUCCCCCAGUACGCAACCCUGGCCGGCCCGCUCCACAACCUCACCAAGAAGAACCUACCUGACCGCGUUCGCUGGACCAGAGAAGCGGAGGAGGCCUUCACCAUGCUCAGGCAAGCCCUCUGCUCUGAUUCGGUACUGGUUACCUCUGAUUUUGCCCUGCCUUUUGUUGUCCAAACUGAUGCUUCAGCCAUAGGGGUGGGAGCAGUCCUCUCCCAGGUGAAGGAUGGAGAGGAGCAUCCGGUGACCUAUGUAAGCCGCAAGUUCCUGCCCCAUGAGCGGGCCUACUCCACGGUAGAGAAGGAGGCAUUGGCCAUCAAGUGGGCAGUGGAAAAGCUCCGCUACUACCUCCUGGGGAGACGCUUCGACCUCGUCACGGACCACUCUCUGCUCCGGUGGAUGGCCGCCGCCAAGGACACGAACGAGCGGGUAACACGAUCAUUCCUUAUGUUGCAGGAUUACAGUUUCAGAGUGGUGCACCGCCCGGGACGGGAGAACGCCAACGCCGACGCCCUGUCCCUCCGCGAUGCCUGCCUCUGGGCCAUACGUGGGGACCCUGGCUUCCUUCUUGAGAGGGGGAGUUGUGACAACCCCGUUUCCCCGGACUGUCUGCUGACCACAAUGAGCCCGAACUCGAGAUUUGCGCCCAGCAUCUUAUUCACCAACAGCUCUUCUGGCAACCCUCACCACAAGUCAGCCAUGCUGUCAGCCAGCGUGGACAUGUGGCAGCAGCACAAUGACAGGAAUGGAAGCCUCAUGACGGGGCACAGAGGGAACUUCACCAGCUUACAAGUGGACGACACUCUGAGCUUGCCCAAAGACACCCAUGACCCAUUGGGAGGACACGCUAUUUGGCAGGUGAUCAUCAUCGUCUUCCUCACUGGCUCACUCUCGCUCAUCACUGUUUUUGGCAACAUCCUCGUCUUGGUGUCAUUCAAGAUCAACAAGGCGUUGAAGACUGUUAACAACUACUACCUGCUCAGCCUGGCGUUUGCCGACCUGACCAUCGGCACCCUGUCAAUGAACCUGUACACCACCUACAUCAUCAUGGACCAGUGGGCUCUCGGACCAGUGGUCUGUGACAUGUGGCUAGCAAUAGACUACGUGGCCAGUAAUGCUUCAGUGAUGAACCUGCUGGUCAUCAGCUUUGAUAGGUACUUCUCUGUGACUAGACCAUUGACCUAUCGUGCCAAGAGGACCACUAAACGAGCCAUGACUAUGAUUGGAUUAGCAUGGUCCAUCUCGUUUAUUCUCUGGGCCCCAGCAAUCCUGUUCUGGCAAUAUAUUGUUGGUGAGCGAACAGUCCAGUCCAACGAGUGCUACAUCCAGUUCCUUUCUGAGCCAAUCAUUACGUUCUGUACUGCAAUUGCCGCUUUUUACCUGCCAGUUACCAUAAUGACGGUCCUCUACUGGAAGAUCUAUCAGGAGACAGAAAAUCGGGCAAAAGAUUUAGCAAGUCUCCGUGGAUCUGGCUCAGACAACAGCUCCAACCCGAGUCAGAAUCAAGGCAGCUGUCGUGGAGGAGGGCGCUGUGGAGGUGAAAAAGUCAUGAGUUGUAGUCAGGGGGAAUCAUCCUCUACGCUGCCUCAAAUGGACAGUUCCCAGAGCUGCAGUGGUUGUGAACUGAACGAGCCAGCUUUAAGGAAGAGCCACCAGAACAGGGUAAGAGGUGGGACAAGGUGGGGGGGAUUCAGAUUUUGGGUACCCAGAGAGUUCCGUCUCUCAAUGCUGCUGCCAAUCCACCGAUCCUCCAAGAAAUCAGUGACUACAACAACGACGGAAGUGGAAGCAGAGUGCAGCAGCAGUGAUAGCUGGAACAACAUCGAAGCCGGUGCAUCGGUGGAUCAGUCCGAUUCAGAGGGGGAGGGCAAGGGCACCACUUCAACCACAGAGAAAUGGUCAUCAUCAACUGACAAAGGUCAGGGAGGGUUAAAAUCUAACCUCGCCUCCUACCUGUCGGCUGACCAGUCAGCUGCAGCCAUCACCAUUAAGGAUGCAGCCAUGGCCAAGCGCUUUGCCUCCAAGGCCAAGACACAGAUCAGCAAGCGCAAGAAUGAAAAAAAGGUGAAUGAGAAGAAAGCCGCACAGACAUUAAGUGCCAUUUUAUUUGCGUUCAUCAUUACAUGGACGCCAUAUAAUAUCAUGGUUCUGGUGAAUACAUUUUGCCAGGACUGUAUCCCUGAAACCUUGUGGGCACUGGGUUAUUGGUUGUGUUAUGUUAACAGCACAGUCAAUCCCAUGUGCUACGCCCUCUGCAACAAAACCUUCAGAACCACAUUUAGGGACAUUAUAAUGUGUCAGUGGGCUAAAAAACAGAAGAACAAGCCUCGUUUUCAGCAGAGACAGGCUGUGGUCUUCCGCAAGAAGGACGUCCUGUAG